AUGGAAGAAAAAAAAUGGAUGAUACCCACUUCACUCUUCCUCCUAACUUUCCUCAUCCUUUUGAAAUUAAUUCAAAAGAAACAAUCCAAGCACAAAAACCUCCCUCCUUCUCCACCAUCUUUACCACUCAUAGGCCAUCUCCACCUCAUGAAACAACCCUUGCAUCGAAGUCUCCACAACCUCACAAAUACCUACGGCCACAUCUUCUUCCUCCACGUCGGAAUACGAAACAUCCUUGUCGUCUCUUCACCAUCCGCAGUAGAAGAAUGUUUGUCAAAAAAUGACAUAACAUUCGCAAAUCGCUCCGUAACACUCGCUGGAAAAUAUCUCAAUUACAAUAAUACAACAAUAGGGUUUUCUUCUUACGGUGAACGUUGGCGCAAACUACGUCGUUUAACAACUAUGGAGCUUUUCUCGUCCAAUCGUGUUGCCAUGUUCACGAAAGUUCGAGAAGAAGAGGUGAAAUUGUUGAUUAAGCAAAUAUUCCAAGGGUGCAAAGGAGAAAUAAUGUCAAAGGUUGAUCUCAAAACAAAAACUUUGGAGCUUUCUUUCAACAUCAUGUUGAGAGUGAUAUCUGGGGAAACGAUACUAUGGUGA